AUGGCGACCGCCACCGCGUCCGUGGCGCCGCCCUCCACCUCCACCUCCUCGGUGCUCCUGCACCGCCGCCUCCCUUCCCCGUCGCCCGCGUCCGCCGCCUUCCCCCGGCUCCCCGGCCCGCCCCCGCGCCGCGCGCGGCUGCUCCUCCAGGUCGCGCUCACCAACGAGGUGACCUCGGAGUCGGACGACGUGGCGGCCGAGGAGGCCGCGGCCGCGCCCAAGAUCGGCCGGCGGGUGCGCGUCACGGCGCCGCUCCGCGUCUACCACGUCCUCAAGGCGCCCGACCUGGACAUCCAGGGCAUGGAGGGCGUCGUCAAGCAGUACGUCUGCGUGUGGAAGGGCAAGCGCGUCACGGCCAACCUCCCCUUCAAGGUCGAGUUCCAGCUCGCCGUCGAGGGCCAGCCCAAGCCCGUCCGGUUCUUCACCCACCUCCGCGAGGACGAGUUCGAGUUCGUCGAUGAGGAGUGA